CGCGGCGGGGGCCGGGCCGCGCGGGCGGGGCGGGCGCUGCGGGCCGUGCGCGCGGCGAUGUGAGAGCGGCGGCGCCGGGCCCUGUCCGCGCCCCCGGCCGCGCUCCCUCCGUCCCUCCUCGCCCGCGCCGUCCCCGCGGCUCCCGCCGGCCCUCGCGGGCCGGGCCCCGCGUUAUGUCGUGAUCCCGGGCGGGCGGCGCUGCUGCUGCUGCUCAUGGGGCUGCUCAGGAUUAUGCUGCCGCCCAAGUUGCAGCUGCUGGCGGUGCUGGUCUUCGGGGUGGCCGUGCUGUUCCUGGAGAACCAGAUCCAGAAGCUGGAGGAGUCCCGCGGCAAGCUGGAAAGGGCUAUUGCAAGACAUGAAGUCAGAGAAAUAGAGCAACGUCAUACAGUAGAUGGUCCCCGACAAGACGUGACACUGGAUGAAGAAGAUGAUGUGGUAAUUAUUUAUAACAGAGUACCCAAGACUGCCAGCACAUCCUUCACAAAUAUUGCCUAUGAUCUCUGUGCGAAGAACAAAUACCAUGUUCUACAUAUCAAUACAACCAAAAAUAAUCCUGUUAUGUCUCUGCAAGAUCAGGUCCGAUUUGUGAAGAAUGUGACUUCCUGGAAGGAGAUGAAGCCAGGAUUUUACCAUGGCCAUAUAUCGUACCUGGACUUCGCCAAAUUUGGUGUUAAAAAGAAACCAAUUUACAUAAAUGUCAUAAGAGAUCCUAUAGAACGCCUAGUUUCUUAUUAUUACUUUCUGCGCUUUGGAGAUGAUUACAGACCAGGGCUACGGAGGCGAAAACAGGGGGAUAAAAAGACCUUUGAUGAGUGUGUGGCAGCUGGAGGUUCCGACUGUGCUCCAGAGAAACUUUGGCUUCAAAUUCCAUUCUUCUGUGGCCACAGCUCAGAAUGCUGGAAUGUGGGAAGCAGAUGGGCUUUGGAACAAGCCAAAUACAAUCUGAUUAAUGAAUACUUCCUUGUGGGAGUUACUGAAGAGCUUGAAGACUUUAUCAUGUUAUUGGAGGCAGCUUUGCCCCGGUUCUUCAGGGGUGCCACAGAACUAUACAGGACAGGAAAGAAGUCGCAUCUUAGGAAAACAACUGAGAAAAAACUUCCCACAAAAGAAACUAUUGCCAAGCUACAGCAGUCUGAAAUCUGGAAAAUGGAGAAUGAGUUCUAUGAAUUUGCACUGGAGCAAUUUCAGUUUGUCAGAGCACAUGCAGUUCGGGAAAAAGAUGGAGAAUUGUAUAUUCUGGCUCAAAACUUUUUCUAUGAAAAGAUUUACCCUAAAUCAAACUAAGAAUGCUAUACUGUUAGAUUUAUGGACCUAAAUCUUUGGUCACAUCAUCAUCUUAGUCUUCAGCCAUGGAAACUAGAUUGCUUGUAGACCUCCAAGACAUUUCUUUACACGAGAAAAGUGGGUUGUGGAUCACCUCCAGGGCUUUGGAUAUAGCUGUGUUGGUAAUCCAGAAGCAAAGGCUUCAUUUCUUUUAUCUAACUAAUACUUUCAGUGGGAAUCAAUAUCCUUAACCUGAAGAAAUCUACACGGUAAUUUGGAGCAAUUAAUACAUGGCAGUUCUAUUUGAAAAUAUAAACAAUCAAAAAAACACUUUUGUUGAUGCUCUUUUUAAUUUUCAGAGCAAUUUAUUUUCAUUUAUACUUCUGUGAAGACGAAAUCAUUUUCCCCAGCUUUCGACAUGGAAAUUUUGGUUGUAUACAGUAUGAGUAGUCCUGAUAACUGGUUGACAUCUGUGCUUUGUUUUUGAGAAUCAUGUCACGUGAUAUUAAUUGGGAUGGUUAAUCAUGUUCUGCUGAGAAAUGCUGCUGCUGCUGGAAUUGCCCAUAUUUAUAUAUGUGGUUUUAUUAAAAAAUUACAACUA